AUGAGUUUCCAACCCGAAUUGACCGUGGACGAACCUCAACCUGGUUCGGAGAAAGCACACGAAGCGCUUCCCUCCAAGCCAAGUGUUGAUAGCAUGGCCUCUGAAAAGACUCAAGUCGAAAAAACACCUGCAUCAGCAAACCAAGACGUCCAAAGCAAGCCAUCCAAGACGCAGCAGAUGAUCGCCGGCUUGGUUAAGAUCAGACCGCAGGAUGAGGGGUUGAAAACAUACUACACACCACCACAAGGACAGCCCCCCCCCCCCAAUCCUUUUGUUCACAACAGUCGCUCAUCACCUUGCAGUAUUGUAGCUGUUCACGGUCUAGGCGUGAACCCGAGUGAUACGUGGAACCACCAUGCGUCAAAACGUAAUUGGUUGAGCGACAAAGACAUGCUACCAUCGGAGCUCCCAGAUGCUCGAAUUAUGAGCUACUGCUACAACUCGCAGUGGAUCGGGGAUAGCGCCGUGAAAUCCAGCCUCGAAGGUGUGGCAGCGAAACUUUUGAGAAGCCUUGGCCAUGAGAGAAAGAAAUGCCCCGAGCGCCCGGUCAUAUUCAUUGGACAUUGCCUUGGUGGCCUCGUGAUGCAGCAGGCGUAUCUCAGUCUCCAUUUACAGCCGGAGGACUGGUCCAAUCUUUCCACAGACAAUGUCAACGGGAUGGUCUUUCUCGGCACACCUCAUCAUGGUGUCGCAGAUGGUGUCCUCUCAACGCAGGGACAGAUCUAUCAGAGUAUCCUUGCCAGCAAACUCCACGUUGAGCCCAACAUUCUUGGUUCAGUCGAACGCAACAGUGAUGUUCUGAAGAGUGUAGUACACAACUUUACCCGACGUGUUCAUAACAUUUCCAGACGUCCCGAGAUAUUCUGCUUCUAUGAGCAAAGAAUCACCAACGUCGGAGCAAUCGUGGGCUUGAAAGCACCGGCAUUCCUUGUCGAUGAAACAUCAGGCACACUGAGCGGUCAUCAGAAAGAAGAGCUUCCCCUCGACCAUUUCUCAAUGAACAAGUUUGAGAAUGAGCAGGACAACAACUACCAAAGCGUAAGCAGAGAGGUUGUUCGGAUGGCGCAAAAGAGUAUAGAAAUGGGUAUCAGAGUAAGCUCUGCUGGAGCUAAACUUGACCGAGGGCGCCUGAUUCCCACUCUCCCUGCCCCCAUCGCGACCGAAGAUAAAUUCGCACCGCGCGGUGGGUUGCUUGACAAGAUUGCGCAAAAGUUCGAGUCCAGCGGACGCGUCGCUCUUUAUGGGCUAGCGGGAACUGGAAAAUCUCAUGUAGCCGUGGAAUACGCAUAUAGGUAUCGGAGACAAUACCCCGCUUCCCACAUCCUUUGGGUCAACGCUGGAUCGGCGGAGCAGUUCGAAUGCUCUUACAAACGCAUUGCCGAAGACCGCCGGCUCGUCAGAGACGGUAUGGACAUGAGCAUGAUACUUGAGACGGUCUGGAAAUUUCUCCGCUACGAGUCGAGCGGCCAUUGGCUUAUGAUUCUGGAUGGUUUGGAAGACGAAGCUUUGCUGCAGGCCACAAGUGCGCAGCACACCGGAAGGUCUUUGCUUGGUUUCAUCCCCGACAGUGUCCACUCAAGUGUUCUUAUCACAACACAGUCCAAGAGUUUAUCCUUGCGUCAGGUGGGAAAACUAUCUGAUAACUCAACCGAAAUGCCAAAACUGGAUGAGAAAGACGCCUCAAUACUCAUGAUCGGUAGAAUUACCAAAGAUGCAGACCGAAACAGAUGGAUUCAGGAGAUUGCCAAGGCAGUGGACAAUCUCCCUAUCGGCUUCGUCUUGUUACAAAUCUACCAAGAGCAAGUUCGGUCAUCGAUGAAACGCCAAGACGUCUUGAAAGCCGUUAAAGCGCAGGCUGAAGAGAAGCGUCCGACUGCAAGAGCGUGGAACUUGCUCCUGGACCUUAUGAAGAAAGAACACCCAGAGUCUGUGGAUCUAAUGCUUAUGAUGGGUGCAAUCGACCUACAGAGUGUUCCGGGAACACUCUUGGACCGGGCUCAGAUCUCAAAACAAAUACCUAUCCUGGUGAAAUACGGCAUUGUCGAGCCUUCAACGGAUAAGCGAAUCUAUCACAUCACAAGUGCCAUCAGGGUGUGUGUUCGGGACUGGUUGACUAAGCAUCCUGACCAAAAGAUCGCGAUUGAGGAGCUUGCACUUUCGGUAAUGUGCGAAAGACUGACGCCCGAGACAAGCGAGGGUCUUUUGUCUUGUGCAUUAGCCCUCUUGAAGUGCGAAUCUCACUCUAGCGUCAUGAGGGAAAACAUGGUCAAGCUACAUCGUGCCGUCUUCGAGCACUACGAUCGCUCGAAGCAAUUUUCUCGUGCUCUGGCACAACUCCAAAAGUGCAUCAAAAUACUGGAGGCCGAUACCACUAUCAAGAAUAGGGAGAAUAUCAUGUCACAGACCAAGAAGGACGUUGAGCAUGUCAAAAAGGCCCUGAAAAGGGAGCCUCAAAUGAUGACCCAAGAACCCGGCGCAAGAAGCCUCACCACCACACAAGCUGACGUCGAUAAGCUGAGCAAGAGCAACGAUUACGGUAAAGACCAUGAAAAGACUAUUGGUCGUGUAAGCGAACUUGCCGGCAUGCAACUGGCGCAGCGCCAGAAAAAAGGCUCCAGCAACACGGUCGACCUAUAUAAGCGUGUCUUGGACUGGCACCAAUCCAAAAGAAAGGCCGACCAUAUAGGCACAGCCCGUCACCAGUAUAACCUGGCGUUGGCAUACGACAGUAAAGGAGAGUUCGAUAAAGCUGAGAAGCUAUAUCAUUGCGCCCUUACCGAUGGACUGAAAGAACAGACUCGCGAAGCACUGGUAUUGCGAUUCCGAAUCCUUGGUAACCUUGUCUGCUCCUACGGUCGUCAAGGACGACUAGAGGACACCCAAGAAGUGCUGCAGACUCUUUUGCCAGAACAGAUGGAGAUCCUAGGAUGGGAUCAUCCAGACACACUCGUAACAAGGCAUAGCGCUGCUCUUUUGCUACAAGAACAUGGAUCGAUUGACGUUGCAGGGAAAGACCUGCAUCGUAUUCUUGACGCGCAGAGAAGUCUACUUGACCCCGAUGAUCCAGCUCUAUUGCGAACCGCGUGCAGUCUAGCCUUGAAUCUGAGAUUGCAGGGGCAGUCUGUAAAAGCGAAGAAGCUUUUUCAAGAAACACUAAAGACGCAAACACAGCUUCUAGGAAAAGACCAUGUCGAUACGGUCAAGACAAAUCUGAUGUUGAAGGAAUUAAUACGCGCUGAUGCGAAACUGACAGAUGGAAAUUAG